CAAAAGCUUAACCUUUCGGAUACCGCUGGAAAUAAUUCCGUAAUAACUUUAUUCGCAUUACUACACAAGGGUUAAGUAUUUUGACAGUUGAAACAACAAGUAGGGGGUGUAAAUAGAUAAAACUUAAUCAUAUCUUAAGUGUUAAAGAUACACUUGAAGGCAUCAGACAAUAUGGCUCAACCGCAAGUCAAAUCUGAAGCAGCUGUCGAGGUAGCUAACAAGAAGUUAAUUAUAGUAACUGGAUUUGGCCCAUUUGUUGGACACGAAGACUUGAAUGCCAGUUGGGAAGCUGUACGUCUCUUACCAGAUGAGCUUACUUGGCAUGGACACCAUUUUAAACUAGAUAAACGUGAAGUACAAGUAGAGUAUGAAGCGGUGGACAAAGCUGUCGAUGAAAUAUGGUCACACAACCCAGAGCUUGUUAUACAUUGUGGAGUGCAUGGCAGUGCAAGUUGCAUUCAUGUUGAGAAAUUGGCUUAUAACCAUAAAUUUACACGACCGGACUAUGCUCGCCAACAUCUACCAAAAGCUUCAGCAUGCUUGGUGAAUUGUCACUCCACUAUUGACGAUAAUCACACUUUACAUUGUGGCUUAGAUGUGGACAAAAUCGUUCAAGUAGUUGCUGAAUCAUGCGAGUGUACUCCAACUGCUAUCAAUGACGCGAUACAGAGUACUUUCAAUGUUGAACCGGAAACAUUAACGGUCCUCAAAAGCUCUGAUGAUGUCGGUAAUUAUUUGUGUGGAUACAUAUAUCUAAAAUCUCUCGAUAGAAAUAAGGAUCGCACAUUAUUCAUACAUGUACCACCUGUAAAUUGUCCAUUCACAUCAGAAGAGACGAAGGAGGUUGUGUUGAGAAUAAUUGAAGAAUGCAUUCGUCAAGUUACGGAAAACAAGAAUAAACUUUGCUGAUGCAAAGAUAUGCUUAUAUAGCCUUUUUAAUCUUUUGUGUCUUACGAUUUUAUUAACAUGAUAAAAUAUAAAAGUUUGUAAUUUAUAUAAUCUAGCUAAGUACUAUAACUCAUUUGCAUAUCAAUUUACUAAUAUGUAUGUUUUACUAAUUUUACAAAUAUAUUGAAAAAUAUUUAAUAAAA